AUGACACGACGAAGUAUAACGGCACCACAACAGCCACCACAACAGCCAACACAGCAGUCAGCUUCUAGAGAGGUACAGUUGCCCCUGCGACAAUCCAAUCCCAAGAAAACCUUGGCACCUCCAACAGAAUGGCCUAAUUUAUACGCUGGUCCUUAUGAACCAGUCGAUACCUAUGAGAUCAAGGAAUACGGCAACGCCUUUUUUUUUAUGAUUUUCGUGGGCCCUGGUGGAUGUUCAACUUACGCUACGGUCGAUUUUGGCUUCAAACCGGACAAACCUCUAGUGCUUCCAAAGGGUUCUUACAAUCUGAGGGUGGGGAUUUACUCUAGUAAUGGCAAAGAUCACGAGCCUGUCCAGCCGCCAAUGCGCAAUAAUUUCUACACUGAAAAGGAUAGAAUCAACUUUCUUUGUGACCCUGAUAAGUGGGAGGUACUUUAA